GAGCCAAGAUGGCGGCGGUGGUUCAGAAUGUGGUCAAGCUGCUGGGCGAGCAGUACUACCGGGACGCCAUGGAGCAGUGCCACAGCUACAACGCGCGGCUCUGCGCCGAGCGCAGCGUGCGCCUGCCCUUCCUGGACUCGCAGACCGGCGUGGCCCAGAGCAACUGCUACAUCUGGAUGGAGAAACGGCACCGCGGGCCCGGUUUGGCAGCCGGGCAGCUCUACUCGUACCCCGCGCGGCGCUGGCGCAAGAAACGCCGCGCCCACCCCCCGGAGGACCCCCGGCUCUCCUUCCCCUCCAUCAAACCCGACGCAGAGCAGGCCCUGAAGAAGGAGGGGCUGCUGGGGCAGGACGGGAGCAGCCUGGAGGCGCUGCUCAGGACGGAUCCCCUGGAGAAGCGCGCCCUGCCCGACCCGCGCAUGGACGACGACAGCCUGGGCGAGUUCCCGGUCACCAACAGCCGCGCGCGGAAGCGGAUCCUGGAGCCGGACGAUUUCCUGGACGAUUUGGACGAUGAGGAUUACGAGGAGGACACGCCCAAGCGGAGGGGGAAGGGCAAGGCCAAGGGAAAAGGCGUCGGGGGGGCUCGGAAGAAGCUGGACGCUGCCAUCCUGGAGGACAGGGACAAGCCCUACGCCUGUGACAACAGUUACAAACAAAAGCAUUCCUUGAAACCUCCCGACCGAGUCUGCGGGAAGCGCUACAAGAACCGCCCGGGGCUCAGCUACCACUACGCGCACUCGCACCUGGCCGAGGAGGAGGGCGACGACAAGGACGACUCGCAGCCGCCCACGCCCGUCUCCCAGCGCUCCGAGGAGCAGAAAUCCAAGAAGGGCCCCGAUGGGUUGGCCCUUCCCAACAAUUACUGCGACUUCUGCCUGGGGGACUCCAAGAUCAACAAGAAGACGGGACAGCCCGAGGAGCUCGUGUCCUGCUCCGACUGCGGCCGCUCCGGGCACCCGUCGUGCCUGCAGUUCACGCCGGUGAUGAUGGCGGCGGUGAAGACGUACCGCUGGCAGUGCAUCGAGUGCAAGUGCUGCAACAUCUGCGGCACCUCCGAGAACGACGACCAGCUGCUGUUCUGCGACGACUGCGACCGCGGGUACCACAUGUACUGCCUGACGCCGCCCAUGUCCGAGCCCCCCGAGGGGAGCUGGAGCUGCCACCUCUGCCUGGACCUGCUCAAGGAGAAGGCGUCGAUUUACCAGAACCAGAACAGCUCCUGAUCCUGCUCUUCCUCCCCAUCCUCAUCCUCAUCCUCACCCUCACCCCCGUCCCUCCUCAUCCUCACCCCCUCGCCUUUGGGGCCUUUUAUUUCCCCUUUUUUUUGGGUCCUUUUCCCCUUUUUUUUGGGUCCUUUUCCCCUUUUUUCCCCUUUUUUUUGGGUCCUUUUCCCCCUUUUUUUUUUCCUCUGUUUUGGGGUCCUUUUUCUUUUCUUUCCCUUUUUUUUUAAAUUUUCUUUUUUUUUUUCAUCCUCUCGUUCCCUUUUUCCCCUCCAUUUCCCUUUUUCCCUUCUUUUUUCCCAUCCUUUUCUUUUAAACUCUUCCAUUCCCUUCAUUCCACCUUUUUUUUUUUUCCUCCUUUUUCCCAAUUUUGGCUCCUUUUUUUCCCAUUUUUUCCCCUCUUGACAUUUUUUGGGGUGACCCCCCCCAGGGUGACAUUUUUGGGGUGACUUUCAUCUUUUCCUGCCCAAUUCCCAGGAUUUCACCCCAAAACUGACCCCCCUCCCUCAAACUUUCCCUUUUCCCCCUUUUUUUUGGGAAUUCUGGGGCAAUUUUGGGGUUUUUUUUUCCAUUUUUUGAGGGAUUUUUCCCACUUUGAUUUUUAUUCCAUUUUCCCCCAUUUUUAUCCCCCCCCCUCAGGAUGGCUCACGGCCCCUCCCCCACCCCCACGAGGCCUUACCCCUCCCCCACCCCAAAAUGGGGCAGAAUCCCUGGAUUUGGGGAUUCCCCCCCACCCCUCCCCCGCUGGCAGAGAAUGGGGCAAAACCCCCAAAUUUUGGGGUUUUCCCCUGGCUCCCCUCCCCCCCCCAGGGUCGGUUUGGGGUUUGGGGGUGGGGGAGGGGUCGAGGUUGGAUUUUUUGGGGUGAAAAAAGCCCCUUUUGGCCCCAAAACGCCGCUGGGGGGCAGGGGAGGGGUUUGGGGCUGUGGGAACCCCCCCCCCUCCCAAAAUUCCCCAAAUUUCCCCCAAAUUUCCCCCUUCCCCCGGGUCCCGUGGACUGAAUGUGCCUGUUUUUCUAAAAAAACACAAAAAUAAAUGGACUUUAAAGCACCUACCUCCGAGUGCCCCUCCCCCCCUGCACCCCCAAAUCCCCCCGGACCCCCCCGAGAGGAGCCCCCGGGAUGGGCCCCAAAAAAUGGGCAAAAUAACCCAAAAAUGGGCAAAAUAACCCCAAAAAUGGGCAAAAUAACCCCAAAAAAUGG